AUGCGUGAGAUUGUCCACCUGCAAGCUGGCCAAUGUGGUAACCAGAUUGGAGCAAAGUUUUGGGAGGUGAUCAGUGAUGAGCAUGGCAUCGACCCAACUGGAUCCUACCAAGGAGAUGAUGCCCUUCAACUGGAUAGAAUCAAUGUGUAUUACAAUGAGGCUUCAGGUCAGAAAUCCCUAAAUUCAACUUAUGUCCCAAGGGCAAUCUUGGUGGAUUUGGAGCCAGGCACCAUGGACUCUGUCCGGUCUGGCCCAUUUGGCAGGAUCUUUAGACCUGACAACUUUGUCUUUGGUCAGAGUGGAGCUGGCAAUAACUGGGCCAAGGGUCACUACACAGAGGGAGCUGAGUUAGUGGACUCAGUUCUGGAUGUGGUGAGGAAGGAGGCCGAGGGCUGUGACUGCCUCCAGGGGUUCCAGCUUACACAUUCUCUGGGUGGUGGCACCGGUUCCGGGAUGGGAACACUGUUAAUCAGCAAAAUCCGUGAGGAGUACCCCGAUCGUAUCAUGAACACCUUUAGUGUGGUGCCCUCUCCGAAGGUGUCCGACACAGUGGUGGAGCCUUACAAUGCAACCCUGUCCGUCCACCAGCUUGUGGAGAACACGGACGAGACCUACUGCAUUGAUAACGAAGCAUUAUACGACAUCUGCUUCCGUACUCUGAAGCUGACAACACCCACCUACGGAGACCUCAACCACCUGGUUUCCGCCACCAUGAGCGGUGUGACGACCUGCUUGCGUUUUCCCGGGCAGCUGAAUGCAGACCUCCGCAAAUUAGCUGUCAACAUGGUCCCCUUCCCUCGUUUGCACUUCUUCAUGCCGGGCUUUGCCCCACUCACCAGCAGGGGGAGCACACAGUAUAGAGCACUUACUGUGCCUGAGCUCACUCUGCAGAUGUUUGAUGCUAAAAAUAUGAUGGCUGCCUGUGACCCCCGCCACGGACGCUACCUGACCGUGGCGGCCAUAUUCCGUGGUCACAUGUCCAUGAAAGAGGUUGAUGAGCAGAUGCUGAACGUCCAAAACAAGAACAGCAGCUACUUCGUCGAGUGGAUCCCCAACAAUGUCAAAACAGCUGUGUGCGAUAUCGCGCCGCGUGGCCUCAAGAUGGCAGCCACCUUUAUUGGCAACAGCACUGCCAUUCAGGAGCUGUUCAAGCGCAUAUCUGAGCAGUUCACUGCUAUGUUCCGCCGCAAGGCUUUCCUCCACUGGUACACUGGCGAGGGCAUGGAUGAGAUGGAGUUCACUGAAGCGGAGAGUAAUAUGAACGACUUGGUAUCAGAAUACCAGCAGUACCAGGAUGCCACCGUUGGUGAGGGAGAUUUUGAAGACGGGGAGGACGACGACGAAGAAGAAGACAUGGCCUAA